GAACAUUAGCGACAAGGCUGUGGGAGAAGUUGUGGAGCAUAUCGAGCAAAGGCAUUGAAGGCGAUGAUGUUUGGGCCAAGUCGCGCGACGCCACUAGCCGCCUAGGCCGUCAGCACUAGUUAGCCACUCUCGCGCGAGCCAGGGCCAGUAGCCUCGCUGCAUCCUGCCUGUAUAUAUCUGCCAACGCUCCACCACUUGCGACCGUUCUCCAUCCUUUCUUUUGCGUUUCAGCCAUGGGUAAUCAACCCUCAACUCCACAGCCCGGCACAGAGUUCCAAGUUAUCGGCGCAGGGCUAUCGCGCACAGGCACCGCGUCCUUCAGCGAAGCCCUGCACAUCCUCCUUCAAGGACCCGUCUAUCACGGCGGCACGCAAGCGACACUAGGCCCCGAAAUCGAAAUCAAAUCCUGGAUAAAGCUCCUAUCGCAUUACCCACCCAAAUCCGAAGCCGACCGUAAACUCAUCCUCAACGGCUUGAAGGAGCGCUUCCACGGUUACGCCGCAGCCACCGAUGCUCCGGCCUCAGGCCUCGUGGAGCAGCUAGUCGAGCUCUAUCCCAACGCCAUGGUAAUCUGCACAGUCCGCGACCCGCACGCGUGGGUAAAAUCCAUGGAGACCGUGUCCAACGCCUCCACUAUGUGGUUCUUGCGCUUCGUACUCUUCCCCGUUCCUGGCAUGCGCUACUUCGUCGACUACAUCAACGUGCUGCGAAACCAGUGGGUUUAUAAUUAUGGCGAGCAUGAGCCGGUUACGAAGAAGAGCUGGGAUAAUCAUAUGAAGUAUUUGAAGAGGGUUGUACCAAAGGAGAGACUGGUUUUCUUUGAUGUGAAGGAGGGAUGGGGGCCACUUUGUAAGGCGCUGGGGAAGGAGGUACCAGAUGUAGAAUUUCCAAGAAUCAAUGAUGGGGAGGCGAUUGAGAGGUUGGCGAAGAGGAUGGUUACGAAGGGGCUUGUGAGGUGGGCGGGUAUAUUCGCAACGAUUGGUGUAGGGGCUGCGUCUUACAUGUGGUUGAAGUGAUGUGGGAGGAUACAGGAGAGGUCGAGAUGACGCAUUAAGGCAUUACUCUAGGUGCAUUAAGGACGAACGGAAGUUAUCUCUCUUUGGAGAGUAGGUACAAGGUCAA